UCGUGUUUACUAUACGUGCGAAAUGUAUCAACAUUAUCCGUUAAUAAGUUGUUUUCUCGUUUUCAAAGAACCAUAAUUAUAAAUUAUAAAUAUUCUUCUGCUAUCAAGUAUCUAGGCUAUUGCGUUUUAAAGUUGAAAGUGAAGGACACUAUAACCAGUUGUGUAUACAAUAUCUAAAGAAAUCUGGAGUUCGGAGACUAUUAAUGUUGAACAAUAAAGAUUAUUUUCUUUUUGUUGUGUAUGGAAACGGGAAUUAAUACCCUUCAGACGGAAUAUAAGACUUGUGGAUGAUGGAUAUGGAUUUAUAUAGUGUAACCAGUGGUAAGCUUGAAGAGUUUGUCGCUGAGACAAUACAGCCAGAUGCUGCCUAUUUAGAUAGCUGUGGUGCGGUCGUUGAUCGACUUGUACAUUUUCUUCAGAACAAUGUGCCUGACCGUAUAAGACCUGCACGUGUUGUAAAGGGUGGCUCUCUUGGUAAAGGUACUGCGGUAAAGGGCAAGUCCGAUAUUGAUUUAACACUGAUACUAGCCAGGUAUAGUGAGGUUGAAGCAAUGAUCCAUGACAUGCCGUCUAUCUUACACCAGCUGGAACAGUACCUAGAGAAAUACGGGCAUGUCAAAGUUGUUGGAAAGACUGGUCAUGCGGUUCAAGUAGAGCUUUCUUGUCAUUCGGGUCAUACACACUCUGUAGACAUCCUUCCAGCUGUUGACAUUCUUCCUAAUAUGUCAGAAGGAAUUAAAGCAAGGCUUGGACCAGUUUAUCACAAACUUGGACAAAGAAACAAGAAAACACGAGAAUUCUACUCGGCAUCACUUGGACCAUUGCAGAUUGAAUUAACAAAACGUUUUCCAACAAAGCUGAAAAGUUUAAUUAGACUCAUCAAAUACUGGAAGAAGAGUAAACUGACAGUGACUAAAGGAUCAAAAUUACCAACAUCGUACGUUUUUGAGUUAGUGGUUUUAAAUGCUUGGGUGGAUGCAGGGCAACCAGAGAGCUUCAAUAUGACACGAGCAUUACAUGCUGUUUUAAAUACAGUAGUAAACCAUCGUCAUUUCAAAGUGACCUUUGAUCGCUCUCUUGCCUAUUACGAUACCGCAUACCCAGAAAAAUCUCCUCACAUAAUUGAUCCAUGUAACCCAUACAACGAUGUGUAUCAUGGAUAUUUCGGCAAUGCAUGGGACUGGGAUGAUGUUGCAACAGAGGCCAGUAAAUGGUUGAGGACACAGCUCUUCUCUGGUGUUAGCAAUACAAAGCGGCAGUGGUAGAGAACUUGUAAACGUACACCGAACAACUGUGAUCUUUUUUUGUACAUUGCUCUUUGAUUUGUAUAUAGACUUCGAGUAUUUUGUGUGCAAAAAAGUUUCGUUUUUGAUUGACUCUUUGUUUUUGUUGACAAAGCUGUAGUGGUAAAAUGUUUGUUACUGUGUUGUUGGUUCUAGAUUUACAUCUUAUCAUCCGUUUAUUAUAUAAUUAACUGAAUGUACUACAUUUGUUAAAUUUGGGCACAUUUAUUUUUUUUUUUUUGGUCUGUGGUAAGAUUUUUUUACGCCCGAAGGGACGUAUUAUGUUUUGACGCAGGUGUUUGUCUGUUCGUCCGUCCGUCAAUCUGUUAGCAAUUUCGUGUCCGCUCUUGAACCCCUUAAAGAAUUUUCAACAAACUUGACACAAAUGUUCACCGUGACGACCUGCAGAGCGCAUGUUUCGGAUGGCUUGUUUCAAGGUCAAGGUCACAAUUAGGGGUCGAAUGUCAUAUGACUUUGUUUCAUGUCCGCUUUGUAACUCUUGAACUGCUUGAAGGAUUUUAAAGAAACUUGGGACAUAUGCUCACAACAUCAAGGCGACGUGCAGAGCAAAUGUUUUGGAUGGCUCGCUUCAAGGUCAAGGUCACACUUGCGGUGCUGUUGUUGUAUUACUUGCUUGCUUGCUGUUGUAAAGAAUACCAGAAAAAGAUCUAUGUAAAAGGGUACAGAAUAUAAUAGUUUUAAGUAUUGUUUUUGGAAAAACAUGAAUUUAGUUAGUGUUAUACAUUAAAUUCUAAUUAUUGAAUAAAUUGUUUCGUGUGUUGGAAUGUUGUCGACGCACAUUUUGUAGAUUUUCUGUAUACAUUCAAGCAACAAGGUCAUAACAACAGGCGUGUCUCAGUUGGUAAAUUAAUAAUACAUUUUUUAAUCUCUUAAUGUACCGUACAGUUUGAAUAUUGAUAAAGCGAUUUUUGUAUUAUGAUAUUUAUAUUGUUUAUACGGAUCUGUUAAAAGCAAAAGUGACGUUUUAUUUGAAACUUGUACGUGUUAUGUUUCAUGUUUGUACAUUGCAAAAAAUGAUAAUAGUUUAGUUUUGGGUUUUAGGUUGUUAAUUUACUUAUUUUAUAUAUAAUUGAUUUGCACACUGUUCCGAAGCAGAAUUUGAACUAUAUACAAAAGAAAUUUUGCUGAAAUAUUAUUGUAACUUGAAAAAAUGAUGUUACCUUUGAAAAUAGUUCUUGCAAUUAAUACAAUUUAUUCAUCUAUGUCAGAACAAUAUUUCAGAAAGAAAAUGUAAUUUGUUUUGUACUUAAAUCAGAUCAUUGUAGAUAUUUCAACUUGUAGUAAUAUAUUAUAUAUAUAAAAACAUUAUAUUUAAAAAAUCAGAUUCAGAACAGUUUUACGAAAAAAGCUGAAUAGGUUGGACAUAAUGUUUUUCAACACUAAUGAAAAUCAUAGCAAAAACAAAUACAAUAUAAGCAAUA